CGGCGGGACGCGCCGCCUGCAAGAUGUCGCUGCCCCGGACCCUUCUCGCGGGGCUGCUGUGCUGCAGUGUCCUGCUGUCCCAGGCCUCCGGCUACGUGCUCGUGAGCUCCGUGUCCUGGGCGGUCACCAACGAGGUGGACGAGGAGCUGGACAGCGCGUCCACGGAGGAGGCGCUGCCCGCGCUGCUGGCGGACUCGGGCAGCAUCUGGCAGCAGAGCUUCCCCGCCUCGGCGCACAAGGACGACGCGCACCUGCGCCCGCGGGCCGGGGCUGCCCGGGCCCGGCCGCCGCCCGCGCCGCGAGGCAUGUUCUCCUACCGGCGCGAGAGCGGCCCCGCGGCCCGCUCGGGCCCCGAACCCGGGCUGCGCGCCCGCGCCGCCCGCUCGCUGGCCCACGCCGGCGCCUGGGGCUGCCUGGCCACCGUGUCCGCCCGCGACCAGAUACAAGGACUGCCCUUUGGGAGCUGCCUGGCUUUCAGCGAUGGCCCCUUCCACAACAGCACAGGUACUCCUUUCUUCUAUAUGACAGCCAAGGACCCUGUGGUAGCCGACCUGGUGAAGAACCCCAUGGCCUCGCUGAUGUUGCCGGAAUCGGAAGGAGACUUUUGCAGAAAAAAUAUUGUUGAUCCAGAAGAUCCCCGAUGUGCGAGGCUAACACUCACUGGUCGAAUGGUCACAGUGCCUCCAGAAGAAGUAGAAUUUGCCAAGCAAGCCAUGUUUUCAAGGCACCCAGGGAUGCGGAAGUGGCCUCGCCAGUAUGAAUGGUUCUUCAUGAAGAUGAGGAUAGAACACGUCUGGCUUCAGAAAUGGUAUGGCGGCUUAUCUGACAUUUCGAGGGAGGAAUAUUUCAAAGCAUCUCCUGGAAAGGCCUGAUGGAGUACCAAGAAAAUCUUCAUUGUUUACAUAAAAAUGAAAACUUCUAAGUGAUGGAGCCAGACAGUUCCUGGCUGCUGUCUCUUUGUUGAAGGGUUCCUAGCUGCCCAGUCAUUCUGCUUCAGAAGGAGAGCGGGUAAACAGGGAACCUUGUACUAGAUCUGAGAUUCAAGUGGUGUCUUGCAGAGCCUCCAUCCACACAAGUACUUCACAUAGCUAGUUUUUGUUUAUGUCGUAUCCAAUCUGGAUGCACAUAUUUGGAAGUCAUGGUUGUCAAACAAGAUCAUGGGUUGCUGUUCCAUUCUUUAAGAAAACAAAAUUGUGCCUGUACCUACAGUGUGGUUGCUUUGUAUUGUGCAAAUAGUUUGUUGCUUGCUGUGCCAAAAGCAAUGCCUUGGAUCUAAGCGCAUCACAACCAUAAAAGAGCUGAACAUGCAACACACGGCCAUGAUUAUGUGUGCAGGGUGAGGGCGGAGGACCUUUUGUCUGACUCAGUAUUGAGUCACAUUUGCUAGAAUACAUUGGUCACUUGUGGAGUGUAUUUCCCCACUGUAACAUGACAGGCUAGUAAGAACAUGCAGAGUUGUGUGCACAGGCCUGUUCUGUGUAAACAGCCACAGCAGGCUAUUAAAGAGACGGGGUUACAAUCCAAAACAAAUACCUGCUUCCACAGUGUGUGGGAAGGGAAUGGAAAAGUGAAGGCAAAAUGUAAGAGUAGGAAAGCAGUCAGCAACCGAGGGUCUACUCUGUGCCGUUUCCAAGCCAGAAGUCACCUCACUUAAGACCUAUAACCAGUAAGAUAUGUCAUCAUUGGCCCUUUCCGACAAGAAAACUGAGGCUCAGAGAGGGCCAGACAGUAUCUCAAGAUCAGACUCAUAAACCCACUGCACACAAUGGAUGAGGUAUUAACAUCCAAACUCCAGUUGAAGAGUUACUGAAAUGCUGGUAACCAUUGAGGACUAACAUUCCAGGACACCCUUUGUCACUUUGGGGGGCUCUGAAGUUGGAUUCUAAACUGCACAUUUCAAAUUGUUUAAAAAUUAUUUACAAGAGUUCUUGAUGUUUGAAAGACACUAGGCUGAAACUGUGUACAUACUUAAGGUAUAAAUGGACCAAAGUGUAUAUAACUGAGGCCUCUUAUCAUUGAAGUCUGCUAAGGAUCUAAUAGUAUCCAAAUUAUCUAUCUUUUCAUAACAACUAUAAACUCUAUAAACUUUGGUGAAUUAGGUAUGUGUAUUACACAAAACACAUCACUAUCUGUAGAAAAAUAUACAUUCUUAAAUAAGUAAAAAUAUUAAUGGUUAUAUUUUUGUUUGAAAAAAUAAGAUAUGAAGAGAGUUUACAUUGUCAAAAUUUAUUUAAGUGCCUAUUACUAAAAACCUAGUAAAAUGCACAUUAUUAUUUUAUUUUUCAUAAGCCAUUUCACAAACAGUUGCUAACAAUGGCAAUUUCUAACACAUAAGGAUAGGGUAGGCCAGGUGUGGUAGCACUCACCUUUAAUCCCAGCACUCAGGAGGCAGAGGUACGAGAAUCACCAUGAGUUCAAGGCCACCCUGAGACUACAUAGUGAAUUCCAGGUCAGCCUGAGCUAAAAUGAAACCCUACCUUGAAAAAUGAAAGAGAGAGAAAGAAUAUGGUAGAAUUUUGGAUGGUUAUUUGUAUGAAAGAGGGGGAAACUAGAAGAACAAACCACAUGUUAAAGGGUGCUCUAUAAGCCAGCCUUGAAUCUUAACUCUUUUAGUAUCACUGCCUCCCAGUCCUCUCUUACCAUCAACUUAAUCUGUGUCUGCUUGUGUAAUCAUUUCCUAUUUAGCACCUUAAGGGGCCCUUAUGCUUCAAAGGGCUUUGAAGACUGGGUUUCACUUAUAAACACUCCUGAGUACUCCCAGCUAGUUAUCAAAAUUAUAGGAAAUGAAAUCUGAAAAGGCUGGACUUUGUUGAAAAGUCAUCAUUGAGCCUUAUGGGCCCUAUUCAGACACAUCUGUUUCAGCAAAUCUCCAGAAAUCUAUAUUGAUUAAGAAUUUAGAAUUGCCAAGCAUGUGUCACAUGUCUUUAAUCCCAGCACUUGGGAGGCCAAGGUAGGAGGACUACUGUAAGUUCAAGGCUAUUCUGAGACUACAUAGUGAAUUCCAGGUCAGUCUAGGCUGGAGU